GGCUCAGCCAAUAUAACGCAACGUGUGCGUGUUUACCAUGUUUCUCCUUGUUUCGUAUCGCAAAAUGUAACUACACGAAUGUCCCUUUCUUUUCCGCCUAUUCAAAAAUGACUCCAUAAAUUGACAACAACUGUACGCUGUUGUUAAGCCUAAUUUCCAUAUGCAGAUCCGUCUCCGCCGACAGUCUUUCUCGCCAUCACACCAUUUCUUGAAUUCUAAUGCAUUCUCACAUCUUUUCAAAAUCCCUUCCGACACCCGAAGGAUAUUCUCCUCUGCAUUAGGGCAAUAGCUCAUGUUAGGUCCGCUCGGAUUGUUUAAAUGUAGGCUAUGUUUGAUAAGGUCUAUGCAUUUACUUAUUUGCGUUUUAAUUUGCCUUUUUAUUACUAGACGAGAAAAAAAUGGAGCGCCGAGGGAGCUAUUUCUUUACGAUCCGGCGUCAGGCUGUAUUAAUGGUGUAAACUGGGAGCUAGUCCAUCUUCAAGCACCUUUUCCUUUCGACUGGACAUGCACAGGCGCUCAUGUUCAACGCCAUUGUGAUGCCGUUUAUCUGCAUGCUGCAGUUGCAGCUCGUGGCCACAGAGGGGCAGCGUGGGACCAACCGGCCUGUAUUUUAUGCUGUGGAAAUGGACGGAGGCGUCAGAGCAGCAAGGGACCUGGCCGAGCAGCACGGACUUGAGUUCAUAUCACGGGUUGGCAGUCUGGAGAAUGUGUACAGCCUGAAGGACAGCAGGGAGCCCCAGGACCAAGCCCCCCUGGAGGCACAACUCCAACACACAGCGGGGGUGGUUUGGCUCCAGAGGCAGCAGGGUUUCCAUAGAGACAAACGUUUCUCUAUCACACAACUGGACGCGAGUCAAGUUCACGGGCCUCCAAGGCAGCAGAAUGUAACUGACAGGAGGUCCAAGAAGAGGAAGAAGCUGACUGACUACUCUCCCCUUACCUUCAAUGACCCUCUCUGGCCCCUGCAAUGGGAAUUGUUUGCGCAGGCGCCCUACAGGUCCAGUAGCUUGGACCUUAAUGUCAUGCCGGUUUGGAAGAAGAACAUCACGGGGAACGGCGUUGUGGUCAGCAUCAUCGAUGAUGGUGAGCUCAAUACACAAAUGCACAGAAAACGCAUGCAUCCAUUCAUCCAUUCAUCCAUUCAAAGACACAACCGCUCUUGGACACAUGAGGGAUACCUACUUCAAUUGACCAUGUUCAGACAUAAGGACAUCUACAUUACACAAGCCAAAUCAUGCGUUUGUGUUUGAUGAACAUAUAAGUUGAUUAUUUACAUUAUGAGUA